GUAAACACAUUGUUGUGAUUUAAAAACGUGUUCCACGUGAAUGCAUCAUACAAACUUGGAAGUUUAAUCUUUUAUCAUUUUUGGUUUUUGUAUUUAAGUGAUUCUUCGUCUUGUGUCGUUAAAAUUAUUUAGAGGUAUGUUCUCGAGGCAUAGUUGAAUUUCCGGGUCACAAAUGUGAUGUGAAGUUCGAAGUUGCUAUCCAAAACAUCUCUCUUUUUAUGAUCUCAAUCAUCUGGUACGAACUUUUUAUCCCCAGACGAAGCGGAAAGUCUAUCCUGUGUACCUGUUUCUGAGGGAAGAUCUCUUUUUUACCUUGUGACCUUUUACGAAAACGAAACCGGCUUUUUCGGCAUCCAGAAUGAGCAUCCACACCAGUGGUCUACCAACGUUUUUAAGCACUUUAUUCCCUUUGGGGAACGUCCCGCCCGUAUGUUUAACCCAGGACCUACCCCCGGAGGCAGACGCUCACAUUCUCCUGCUGGGUUGCGGCGAUGCACGGAACAUUCUAUUCACCUGUUUCGCAGACAACCAACGGAAACUCGACGUCACCUGCUGUGACAUUGCACCUAUGAUCCACGCACGGAAUGUACUAUUAUACACUCUCAUUAGCGAUGACGAAUCCAAUGAAAACAUCGAGCUUAUUUGGAACUUAUACUAUCACUGGAAAAUAGACGGAAACUCAGUGGAUCUUCUCGAGUCUCAGAUCCAGAGGCUUCUAGCGGUGUCCGAGUCUAUAGAUCAUUGGCAUAAUUCUGUUUACGGGUCCAUGAUCCGAUUUUGCGAUGAAAAAUCCCUGUCCUGCGUGAGAGCUUAUUGGGAGGGCUUUACAACGAGGGGCCUCUCGAAUUCUGCUAAGAAGGAUCGGCUCAAGCGGCUACAGGCGGCGAUCGAUAGAGUCAGAGAAGACCGCCUUCUUAACGGUGGUCCUGAUUACAAAGGUUAUCGGGCUUUAUUCCCCACCAACAUGAAUGUAGAUGGACAGGCCUGGUCGGCUCUGGAUUCUGUCGCUAAGCAAUGGUGGGGCUACGGAAUGGUAUCAGCAGAGAACACACGAGCUGUGCAACCGGCUCACUUGAACCCAGUUUUCUUGUAUUCUCCUGAUGGUGAGCUGACCAUGCAUGAAGGUACAUCACCUCUUGGCAGUCUUCCUCUAUGCACUGCUUAUAUUUUAUUGAGCAAAGAAUCUCCCCUCUAUCAGGAGAAAAAAGGUCGAUCCCCUACGCAACAUCUGGUCAAUUGCGCGAAAAGUAAUUUCUUUCAAUGGGCGCCAGCAUUCAGGAAAGCCAUUAAGAAUGGGUCGGUUAUACGAAUCUUCUCUGGUCAUGCUUUUCCCUUCUGCUUCACUUUGCGCAACUGUCAACUUACCGGAUCGACAUCGAUGAAUUUGCCCUUUCACAAUUGGACCAACAGCCCCCUCAUUCUUCACCAUAGUGAUUAUGGUGACAGCAAAGAUUCUGCUCCCUUGAGCUUCGACGUUAUCGAUACAUCUAAUUUAGCAGAUUACCUAGGACCAUUAAAUGUAGUCGCUCUUACGUCAAGCCUACUCAAGCGUAACGUAUCGAGUUGCCUGUAUACUCAGUUGAUGGUUAUGUUCGACUCCAGUCUCCAAGAAAGACUGACCAAUCUCUUCGGUGUUGAUGUGCGCUCUAUGUCCUUCCUCCUCGGUCUUGUCCUCCCAGAUCUUUUCACCAACGCAACCAGCACCGUAGACGAGUAUCCGAACAUCGACAAAAUCAUCGUACAAAAGCCGGGUUCUAUCUGCAGGCCUACAGUAGUUUCACGUCUCCGCUGGAGGCGAUUGGGAACGCCAGGCAUGUUACCAAGCGUGCAAGUGGAAGCGAAGGAACUUGCUAAGUUUCUAACUCACGUUCAUCGUGCGAUGUUUCAGUUGGAUGACUUACCUGACAUUUUUGGCCAUCAUAAUUUAACGAGAGAAGACGCAUUAAAGGACCUACAUCGCCCCUACAAUCGUGCAAGCUUUGCGUUUCUUUUGAGCCAUCUCAAGGCAACACUUACCGUAGACUGGGAUGAAUGUCUGAAGGAGAUAUAUAAUGUACUUGGCGUGGAUGGACAAAAAGGAUUAUCCAACAAUUAUCAUCUUGAAGACCUCCUCCUCAACUUACAUGCAUUUGGGGUUGACAGUAGUCAUUUUACCAAGCCAAAUCCUGCAAACAUGAAUGGUACCAUCCUCGCUUCAGUGUUGUCUGAAUGCGGAGAUUUGCCAGACCAAUUAUGUGUAACAAUUCGUGUGCCUAAGAAGCACCUCAAUGCCAUCGGAAAGUGUCUUGGUUCUCAGGGUAUCGUUUGUCAUUUUGAAGGUAGAAAUCCUCAAGGCCAGGUGUACCGUCGUUCUUUCUCCUCUGUUCAGAUGGCUUUUCGAAAAUUGGACGAGUCAAAUGGAGAAGUACAUUCAAAUCCGCUCAGUUUUGAAGGUUCUGGUGUAUUUUUUUGCACUUCAGACGUAUUUGCAUCCGUUAUGGUACCCACCUCAAUGCUCAUUUCAAUGCUUCUCCAGUCGGUACCAAAAGUGAAGUUUAUUGUGAAGUACAAUCCCAUGACUUACAUGUUUUAUUUCAUGAAAUUGGGUCCUGAACUUUGUUUUUUCUCAACUGAAAUAACAAGUUCAGAUGUUUCUAUUACAAAAUUCAUGCCAGGAAUGUCUGGGCUUCCAAGAUUCAUCAAUCUUGAAAACAGAGAAGUGAAACUAGCCUCAAAUUCGACCUCUGUUCGCUUUUCUGGUGAUGGUUUGAAAAUAAAUUCAUUGAUUCGACGCAUCACCUUGGAGUCAGAGACAGACAAAGCUGUACUAGCCAAUAAAUCUUCUGUCGUUCAAGUGAAGUUCCUGUCCCCGUAUGUGGCAGUAGCUAAUAUCGGCAGAUCUCUUGAGUUUAAAUUUGAGUUUCCUGCUCCCGUGUCAAUAUCAAAGCACAAGGUCAGAAUCGCCAGAAAAUCAUCCUACAUUGAAAUUGAAAGUCGCUUCCUUGACCCCGUGGAGGAGGAUGUUCCAGUUUUCUUGUUCCCGUGCUUUCUCUCACAAACUCCACCAAACAUCGUGUCUUGGUCGUCAAUGCGUGUUAAUCUCGACGUUAUGCCUUCGAUAGAUUUAGACAACGGGCAAGAAUUGACGUGGCUCAAUGACUAUUUGGGGCAAAUGUUCUCCAGAGAAGAGUACCAGAACUUCUUGUCGCGUACAGAUGAUUUACGUGUCAGCAUCAAAGAAAGCAUAAUGCAAUUUUUCAUGGGGUUCGCAGGACUUUACUUACGUAGAGACAACUUCGUUUGCCUCGAGGGCAUGGACCAAAGCCGGAAGGCUCUUAUACUGCCAUCAUGUCUCCGCCUAGACUUGGCCAGCUAUUCUGUUGUACUUGACAGUGCGUUAAUUCCUCUCACAAAUACUGUUAUGAGUGACAAGGUUGUAACUCGAUUUCUAAAAAAACUGUAUGACAAUGAUGUUGUCCGAAAAGUCCCUGUCAACGAUUCUGUUAAUCGUGCGUGGAAGGCAAUGAUGCCUGCAAUGGUUGAGCGUUGUCGCACGUGGAAUCACACAUCAGGAUGUGAUUACAAGAAGAUCGGCGAGGUACCCCUUCCACAAGGCCUUGAUAGAGAUGGUGAAUCCUCAAUCUGUACCUGUGGUGUUGGGAAGUUUCCGAAAGGCUAUUUGAAAGAUCUGAUCAAGGAGUUCUCAGCCGUGAACCACUUACUUCGUCAAUAUGCAACUCGAGUGGCUAUUUCACCUUUCUUUGCUGUUACUUAUGUCGAUAACUGCGAUCUUACAGAUUUCAUUAACGUGGUGUGCUCCAAAUGUGGCGACGAAAAACGGAAAAACCCAACCGCAAAGCAGCAGAGUUUGCUUAAGUGCUCAAGAUGCAAAACUGUUCAGUACUGCUCAGUUGACUGUCAAAAAGCAGACUGGAAACAACAUAAAGUAUUUUGCAAGGCUAUGCAGGACUGUGUGCCAUGAAGAGUCGUCAAUUGAAAUAUGGAAGGUUGCGCAGGCUCCUGUCUUUUACGAGACGGUUUUAAGUUGUCUUGUUCUUCUUUUCCUUCCCAAAAUAAAAGCAAGGGAGUUUGAAUAUUUCCCUCUUAAUAUUUUUUGAGGCCUCAGCCAAAUUCCUCACUCAAAAUAUCAAUUUUAUACUGAAAUUCAGCAAUCUUAUACUUACUUUACUUAUUCCUCUUAACAUGUUAGUGCAUGUCAGUAUUUUUCUUUCUUGCAGUCAAUGUUUUUGUUGCUACAGAAGUGGCAAAGAAAUUUGUAUACUUUCAAUGUGUCUCUCUCAGCUUUUUUCAACAUAUUUCUGUAUUACCAUCGUGUUUUCUUAACUCAAAAUAAUUGAAUACUUACUGCAUUUUCUAAUAUUGUAAUCCUGAUCCGAUUAUCCUGUUUGAUAUGUUCCAAGGAGAUAAGCCUCAUAGCAGCUUUGAAGAAGCAUAUCCGAUCAAUUUUGUCUCCAUUUUUAAAGCGCAAAAAAUAAAUGCCCGUUUCCGUUUUCCAAAAAAUAUCUUGCCGAAGUCUUUUGUCCCGUAGAGAAAUUUGGAAUCCAAAAACAGAAAUGCUUUUUCAAAUUUAUGUCAAAUCUUAUCGGAAAAAACUGAAAAAACAGCGCUUCUUGAGAAUCUCUGACUUAAAUAUUUUUUUAUCUAGCUUGUUACCAAGUUGAAAGUACAGUGGUUAAAACGCUUCUUAACGAUCUUAUAUAUUGGUUGAAUAAUGCUCGUAAUUGUAAAAGAAUUUAAAACAGUACUUACUUCAUCAAGAAACUAAUGAUUUCAUGUGCAGCUGUAAUUCCACCAUUAUUUUGACUGAUAUAAUUUUCUCAAAAAUUGACAAUCAUAGUGUAACAUUUUUUGUAUCCUUACUAAUAUUUUUUACCUACAAUACUCAUUACUUCAGUACUUACUUCUUCAAGAAACUAAUGAUUUCAUGUGCAGCUGUCAUUCCACCAUAAUUUUGACUGAUGUAAUUUUCUUCACCAUUGAUGAUCAUAGUGUAGCAGUUUUUGUAUCCUUAUUAAUAUUUUUUACCUACAAUACUCAUUACUUCAUCGAAUGUGAUAAGCAUCAUUUUUUUUUUACCUGUUGUGCCUUUAGAUUGGUAAUUGCAAAAUGUGUUUCGUGAUUUACCUUUAAGUAUUAAUGCCAUAAUAAUUGUUCUUAGGUUUAUUGUUACUAUGUACAAGCUACUAUUCUUAAAUUUUAAUAAUUACAUGUUUCUAAUUUCAAGUUUA